UGCUUAGCAACAUAACGCAUUGGAGUAAAUACUCCCCAGAAAAUUUGCAGGUUGAUAGAACGAAAACGAUAAAAUGCCAUCUGUUGCCUUAUCCCCUUCAGUUGUAAGACGAAAGAUGAAUUUUCAGAGCAUUUAUGAUGCAGUUUGUGGAGGUGAUGCAGAAGCAGUUGCUUCAUUCUUGAAGAAUGGUGCAAGUAUAAAUGAUCCUGAUCCAGUACACAAGUUUACUCCUUUGCAUUGGGCAGCCCACUCAGGGAGUUUAGAGUGUCUUCACUGUCUUUUGUGGCACAAAGCUGACAUAAUGGAUACAACCCCUAGAGGAUGGACAGCAGCACACCUUGCUGCUAUCAAGGGACAAGACGCAUGUAUGCAGGCCUUAAUAGUUAAUGGAGCUAAUCUUGCUGCUCGGGAUGAUAAAGAUUGCACUCCAGCCCACCUUGCAGCUGCUCAUGGCCAUUCCUAUACACUACAGACCAUACUUCGCAGUGGUGUGGACACAGAUGUAGCAGACAAGAAUGGCUGGAGGCCUGUUCAUUAUGCUGCUUUUCAUGGACGACUAGGUUGCUUACAACUGCUUGUUAGAUGGGGAGCCAGCACAGAUGAAGUGGAUCAGAAUGGAAAUACUCCAGCUCAUUUGGCAGCAAUGGAAGGACAUUUGCAUUGCUUAAAAUUCUUAGUCAGUCAAGGUGUCAGCAUAACUCACACACUAGGGGCCAGGAAUGACCAAGGAGAAAAUUCAAAGGACCUGGCAAGCAGAUUCUUCAAAAGCAACAUUAUACAGUAUAUUGAUGCUGUGGAAUAUGAGCGAGAUCAUCCAAAGGAACAAGCAAACUUGGCAUUUCCAGCACACGUUGCUGCCUUUAAAGGUGAUCUUGCUACAUUAAAACAGCUGAUAGAAAAUGGAGUAAUUAAUAUUAAUGAACGUGAUGAUAGGGGCAGUACACCCAUGCAUAAAGCAGCUGGACAGGGACAUUUAAACUGUCUUCAGUGGCUUAUUGAAAUGGGUGCGGAUCAUAACAUUGCAAAUGAUGCUGGUGAAACUCCACAGGAUGUAGCCAAAAGGUUCUCUCAGUUGGCUGCUGUAAAACUUCUUGGAGGAGGUAUGAAUGAUGAGGAUGAUGUGGAAUUAGAUGAGGAUGCUGCUGAUUUCUUUGAAAAACAUGGUGUAGAAGGCAGUACUGACAACAAGGGAGAAAUAAACUUAACAGAGCUUCAGAAAAACGAAGCAAGAAUGAGGGCUUACAAAAAAAUAGAAGAGUGUGAACGAAUUCUAGACAUUGCUAAAAGCAACUACAGACAACUAGGUGGUAUACUGAAAGAGGACCAGAAGAAAAGAAAAGCAGAAAAAGAAGCAGAAAGCACCAUUCAAGAACUUCAAGCCCAACUGGAAUAUGAGCGUUUACGCAGAGAAAAGAUGGAGUGUGAGCUAGAUGACUACCGAGCAGAAGUUAAUCACCUAAAUAAAUGCCUGGAGAAAAUGCAAGCAACAGAGGUUUCCGUAGAAGAAGACUUUCUAAAUGCAGUACAAGAAAGAGAAAAAAUGAAAAAGAAAAAGCAAACUGCCCAAAGGGGAGGAGUAUUUGUACGACGCUCCAAAUAAAUAUUAUAUUGUAUUGUAUUGAAUUGAAUACUGGAGAAAAAUAUGUCUGGCUUAUUAAGGUUGCCCAUUUUCUGAUCUUGAACAUACAUUUCCCAUUAGGUAUACAAGAAAGCUUUUGAGAAUGAUUGUACUACUAAUAAAAAAAAACUCUCCUCUUCCUGCUUGAGAGAUUGCCUUUGUACUUUAAAAGUGUUACCAGCAGAAUGUACUGAAAUGUUAUGGUUUGUGAUUGCAAACUAGCAAUUAUAUGUUUGUUGUCUAUUAUGCUGUAUACCUAAACUGAAUAAAAUAAAUCAGUUGAA